CCACCUCCACCUCCUUCUCCCCCACCUCCUGUGCCGCCGCUGCCGCCACCACCGCGGCUGCUGCUGCUGCUGCCGCCCCCCACUCGCUCCCGGCCUCUCCGUGGCGCGCCAACACCACCACCAACAACGCCACCUUGGGCAAUACCACCACCACCGGCAACACCACCUCCACCAACACCGACAGCAACACCGGCAGCAGCAGCAGCGGGAGAAUGGACAGCGGCCGCGACGAGGAGCCCCGUGAACGCCUGGAGCCGCUCUCAGACACCGAGCUGGCCAUCAUCCAGGACACCUGGGCACGCGUCUACGAGAACUGCGAGGACGUGGGGGUUACCAUCCUCAUCAGGUUCUUUGUGAACUUCCCGUCAGCGAAGCAGUACUUCAGCCAGUUCCAGGACAUGGAGGACCCCGAGGAGAUGGAGAAGAGCAGCCAGCUGCGUCAGCACGCCCGCCGCGUCAUGAACGCCAUCAACUCCGUGGUGGAGAACCUCAGCGACGCCGACAAGGUGUCCUCCGUCCUGAGCUUGGUGGGCAAGGCCCACGCGCUGAAACAUAAGGUGGAGCCGGUGUACUUCAAGAUCUUGAGCGGCGUGAUCCUGGAGGUGCUGGCCGACGACUUUGGCGAGUGCUUCACCACCGACGUGGCCCGCGCCUGGACCAAGCUGAUGGGCGCGCUCUACUGGCACGUGACCGGGGCUUACGCAGAGGUGGGCUGGGUCAAAGUGUCCAGCUCCGCCGUGUGAGCGCUCUGAUUGGAUAUGGGCUCGACCAAUGGGAAAAAGGAUAGGGGUCUGACUAAAUGCGUGGUGGAGGUUGGUGGGGGGUGGGUGGGUAGAAAGGAAAAAGUGCAAUGUGAGCAUAAUGGCUAAAUCAUCUAAUUAGAGUUUCUAACUGUGUUCUACUGUUGCUGCCCCAAGACCCUCUGCUUCUAGGCACAUGUCUGCUCAGUGUGACAGAAGCAUAGUGUGUGUUAACUCUCCAACCCCCCAGGUGUUGUCUGUAGUGCUAAGUGAGUGAGUGUGUAUCUAUGUACGCCCUCAUACAAAAAAAGCUUGUUUUCAGUUCCAUGUCAGUCAGUACAUGUCCUUAUUAAUAUGCCACGGGACACAACAUGUGCAUACUUACAUACACACAUACACAUAUGCUCACAAACAGACAUACACACACAUACACACAUGCGCACAUGUACACAUACACACAUACACACACACAUACACACACAUACACAUAUUCACACACACACACACACACACACACACACACACACACACAGAUACACUUUUGCUGCAUAUGAUGGGGUCCAAAAGCCUAAUUUAUGUCCUCACCUUCAGAAAACUGCACACAAGCAUGAGGAAGCACACGUGCAUAAACACGUGUGCACACAGCAAAAAUGCUGCCAUCGGAAAGGAUUAUAAUGCGACACCAUCCCUUCCACACAGUCUAAACUGAAUUAGUAUUAUCCCUUCCACACAGUCUAAACUGAAUUAGUAUUAUCUGAGUAUUUUGAUUACAUUUAAUGAAUAAUGAUAAAGGCCUAUUAGAAAUCAUCCACUUGUAUACCCACUCCACUCUUCUCAAAAUGGAGCUAAUUGCCGUAGUCCUCCCACAGCUGUUCUCAGCAUCAGGCUGCCCCCCCCCCCCCCCCACUCCCCUCCCGACUCUGGCCACUCUGACUUGGCUCUGUGGAUCGGUGGAGGCUCCCCCCGGCAGGGCCGGCAUCUGGCAUGGGGCGGAGGUCACAGGGCCAGCCUCUGGUUCCGCUGUCCUCCGUCUCCCCCCUGUCAUUUCAGUCUAAUGAUGGAGGUAAUGGCUCCCCGAUGGCUGAUGGCACCAACACCGGCACCACCCCACCCCCCCACCCACCAAGACGACUUCCUUUCCAGGAAAUGGAGAGAGAGAGAGGCAGAGAGGAAAUAUUUAGACUCUGCCUCAAUCCAGUAGGCUAAUAACAGUAGUCUAACACACACACACACGCACACACGCACACACACACACACACGCACACGCACACGCACACGCACACACACACGCACACACACACGCCUAAGUAGUCACAGCGAGGUGAGCAAUAACAAUACUCUUAAGACUGAGUUUCUGACUGUUGUUUAUAAUUCAGAUCCCCCCCCAAACACACACACACACACACACACACUUCUCCCUCCAUUUUGACGUCAGCACUCUGGCAUGAGCUCCAGGCCCUUUGAGGACCAGGUCCCUCCCUCGAUCCCUCACUCUAUUAAUGCAGCUUUUUGUAGCAGUCAGCAGGCAAAUGUUUGUAUCUGAGAGGACCACUCUUGGCAGUUUGUUUAAUAAACACUGCCGUGUGCCAUCUGCAACUCACAUAAUGGCGACGUACUGUUUUCCUCUUCCUCCUCCUCCUCGUCCUCCUCGUCCUUAUCAGUCGACACUCCUCCCUGUCUGCUCUUCGCCCAUUUUUGUUGUAUUUCCUUUACCUCACUCUCUUUUCCUUCCUCCAUUCUUCUUCUCCUCCUCCCAUCUUCCUUUCCUCGCCCUCGCUCCCUCCCUCGCUCGCUGUCCCUGCUUGACAGCUGUGUCCAUUAGAGUGUUGCCCCUGCCCACCCACUGACAGCCUCACACACCUCUCUCAGCGAAAGCCAUCAGCCGGUCAACCUGCCGCUCUCGGCAGAACCAGGAGACUUUGGUCACUUCAGAGGAGCGGAGACGACAGAAAUGAGAAUAUCGACGCAGAACAAAUUGACUCACAAAACACAAUUGAUUGACAAAUACAAAAAAAUUAAGUGAUUUGAGUGACCGCUACUGACUUCUGAAUUAACUUAAUUAACACAAUUCUCACCUGACAGACAUGCUUAAAGUGAUCGCCUCAGCAGUAGACUCUAUGACUGAGUUGAUUUCCCUUCUCUUGCCAUUAGCUUAGAAGGACACAAUAGGAUCUAGCAGUCUGGUAGGAAUACUAGCGAUGACUGGUACAUGUAUGAUGGCUACUGACAGACUGCACUCACUGGAAUAGCUAUCAAGUAGUGCACGCCUGACCUAUCACAUACACACACAUGUACAUGCAACACACGAUUCAACACAGAAAUGUGGAUCAUUGACAUGGCACAGACUGUCGGUGGGCUUUUAAGAUGUACAUUUUCCUUCUAACAGCCUUAUGUGCCAGUACUGUUGUGAAUCUUUUUCUUUCUAUCUUUCUCUUUCGUCCAUUUAAAGCUUGGACUUUAUAUUUUUCUAAGUAUAAGAACAGAAACGUUAUCUGUACAUGUCUUUGAAUAUAAUUGUAUAUGAUUCUCAUUACACUGUUGCUUGGGAACCAAGGUGGUAUAUGUGCUGUUUUAGUAUGUUUGCACAGCCUAACCUUUGCAAACUGGU